CCUCGAGGAGGCCUCAGCUGGUACCAAAGGAAACGAUCCCGAGAGCUUGCCGAGCGGCGGUGGCGGGACUCACUUGGCAGCGGCAAGCAGGGCUCCUGCCGGUCUUUGCACGCGUGAGCGCAAAUUCCAACCGGCGGCGCCCAGCGCCUCGUUCCCUGCCUGUUUACAGGCCGGCGUUUAGUAGCGUUUAGCCGUGGUUGGGUUUGCACGUCCCCACCAGGCCAGGCUUCUGCAGCGACAAUACUGAAAGCGGCAGCGCCACCAAGGCUCCCGCGGACAGCCAGCCGCGCGUUAGACUCAGUCCAGUUCCUUUAGAAGCUCUAUAUGGUGAUUGGCCCAGUAGCCAUGAAUUAUUCUAGAUAUCUGACUGCAGUAAGUGCAGCAAGAAAAGCCUCUCCGAUACGAGUCCUCACGGAACUGAUGCAGAGGUCUCCCCCAUCACUUAUUUCACUGGCUGGAGGGGCACCAAAUCCCAACACCUUUCCUUUCAAAGCAGCCAGUAUUACUGUUGGAGAUGGAACAACCAUUGAAAUUGGGGAAGAGUUGAUGACGAGAGCCCUCCAGUAUUCUGGCUCAGCUGGCAUUCCAGAGUUGUUGUUGUGGCUGAAAGAUUUACAGAAGAGGCUCCAUAACCCUCCGACAUCUAACUUCAAACCUGAAGAAGGACAAAUGGAGAUAUGUGUCACCACUGGCAGCCAAGACGGCUUGUGUAAAGUGUUUGAGAUGCUUAUUAAUCCUGGAGACACGGUCCUUUUAGAUGUACCCAGCUACCCUGGGACACUAGCAGCUCUGAAACCGUUGGGCAGUAACAUCAUCAGCAUUCCCAGUGACCAACAUGGUAUUAUUCCCAAAGAACUGAAAGGAAUUCUUUCCAGGUGGAGUCCAGAAGGCACAAGAAAACCCAACAGCAGCCUCCCCAAAUUUCUCUACACAAUUCCUAAUGGCAGCAAUCCCACUGGAACCUCAUUGACAGAAGAUCGCAAGAAAGAGAUCUAUCAGCUUGCAAGACAGUAUGAUUUCCUAAUAAUAGAAGAUGAUCCAUAUUACUUCCUUCAGUUUAGUAAGCCUUGGGCACCAACCUUUCUUUCAAUGGACGUUGAUGGCCGAGUUGUGCGGGCUGACUCUUUCUCUAAGGUCCUCUCUUCUGGGUUAAGAAUAGGCUUUCUAACUGGUCCCAAACCUCUCAUUGACAGAGUUAUUCUGCAUGUACAGGUCUCUACAAUGCAUACCAGCACUUUCACUCAGCUUAUGAUAUCGCAGCUGCUUCAACAGUGGGGUCAAAAAGGUUUCUUUGACCAUGUAGACAGAGUCAUAGAAUUCUACAAGACACAGAGGGAUGUGAUGCUUACUGCAGCAGACAAGUGGCUAAAAGACCUAGCAGACUGGCACGCCCCUGCUGCCGGAAUGUUUCUCUGGAUUAAAAUUAAAGGAAUUUCUGACACAGAGCACCUAAUAAUGGAAAAAGCUUUGGAGAAACAAGUCCUACUAGUUCCUGGGCAAGCGUUUCACAUCGAUAGUUCUGAACCUAGUUCAUAUGUCAGAGCUUCCUUCUCGUUAUCUUCUCCAAGCCAGAUUGAUCAGGGUUUCCAGAGGCUUGCAGAGGUCAUCAAAGAAGCUAAAAGAUUUCACCAAACAGAGAACCCUUAAGAAGCCAUAAUAUUCUUCAGCAGAAACUGCACCCCUGGAGUCUCCUUUCAUGUUGUGAUGAAAUAGAUGUGCAAGUCCUCAUCCUAGUGCAGUUGUGUUCAGGCUGCAUAGAAAUGUCUUAGGAGAUUGUGUUAAGUAAUACGUGCAGGAAGGUUUAGAUUAACUAGCCUGUCACUGCAGUCUUAUCGCCAAUGAAUGUGAGACCAUCUGUAAGAAAAGGGUUUAAUUACAUUUCUGGCUUCACAGAGUUGGUGUUUUUUGUGUGUCUUUUUGUAUUCCAUCUGAAGGUGAGCAUGAUGAAAGUUCAAGUUUUUUUAACGAUAACAUUGCUAUAUUUAUUAUGAAUUAGAAAAAAGAAAAUAAUUACAAAUACUAUACCUUUUUUCCCCGUUAAACCAUAUCCACUCUCUUCCCAUAUCCACAGCAACCUAAUAGAAUGCCUGCUUACAAAUUGUCCUCAUAGGAGUGGAUUAAGUUUGAGAGACAAAGUCCACAAAAAUCUUGGACAAAUUCCAAAACAAGAAACCCACUCUGUACAACAUAAUGACCUAAGAAAAACAUCAGCCCAAAAACAGCAUUACAAUAAUUCUGGGCCCUUAACCUUUGACCGGAGUCCCACACUACAUGCCCCGGCCUUUAAAGAUAUUGUUGCAAGAUUGCUGUCUGAGUACUGGCAAUAUCGUUACACAGUGGGGACACUGGGCAAAAGAUUGUUGUUGUUUUUGAACAGUUCUGUACAUUUCCUGAAUGGAAGUUAAUUGUCUCCUGGUAGUUCUUGAAUGAGAUGCCUCUCAAAGCUGGUUGCUGCCCUGUAUAUUUGUGGAUGCCUCCUCCUGUACUCUAGUUGUAUAUUUGUAAAUAAAAUACUGCAAAGAAGAAGAGAUUGGAUUUAUACCC